AUGUCGCGGUUCUUCAAUUCUCCUUCCCUCGUAUUCGGGGCAGCGAUAUUACUUCGAGUUGUUCUCUUGUUUUAUGGCCUCUAUCAGGACUCUCAUUCGCCCAUGAAGUAUACCGAUAUCGACUACUAUGUUUUCACUGAUGCCGCCAAAUUUGUCUCUGAAGGCCAGUCUCCGUAUGAAAGAGCAACUUACAGAUACACACCGUUGCUUGCAUGGAUUCUUCUCCCCACCACUUGGACCAGCUUCGGCGGCCAGCAAGUCUGGUUCUCCUUUGGCAAAGCUUUAUUUGCUGUCUCUGAUAUCAUUGCGGGAUGGCUGAUACUGCAUGUUCUCCGCUCUCACCAACGAAUGGAUAUGCAAAGGGCACUUAAAUUUUCAAGCAUCUGGCUGCUUAAUCCGAUGGUUGCUACUAUCAGCACCCGAGGGAGCUCGGAAGGUUUCCUAUGUGUCAUGAUCAUGGCUCUGCUCUGGGCUGUACUAGAGAAACGAACCGUACUAGCUGGCGUCCUUUUGGGUUUCGGCGUACAUUUCAAAAUAUACCCUUUCAUCUAUGGUCCAUCUAUCAUCUGGUUUUUGGAAGACGAGAAAAACGACAGAUUCAAUGUAUCAGAAGGGUUUACUCUCGGCAACUUGACCAACUAUGUCUGUCGACUUCUGACGCCUCAACGUAUAAUUCUCGGCUUGACUUCCCUUAUUGUGUUUGCAGGGCUGAAUACCGCCAUGUACAUGCUUUAUGGAACCCCUUUCUUGCAACAUACCUACCUCCACCACGUUACUCGCGUGGACCAUCGCCACAACUUUUCUCCUUACAACAUGCUACUAUACCUUUCCUCAUCCGAGACCUCGCAAGGCAUUCCCGGGAAUAACUUCGAGUCUCUCGCCUUUCUGCCACAAUUGGGACUUUCAGCUAUUCUUAUCCCACUUGCACUGGCCAAGAAGGACCUUGCCGGGACCAUGUUAAGCCAGACAUUUGCGUUUGUCACUUUCAAUAAAGUCUGCACAAGCCAGUAUUUUCUCUGGUAUCUUGUGUUUUUACCGCUCUACCUCCCCUAUUCAUCCCUCAUCAAACAACCGCUUUUCGGAACCACCGUCGCUGCUCUGUGGGCAGGCGCACAAGGCCUUUGGCUUCAUCAGGGCUUCCAGCUUGAGUUCCUUGGAGCUUCAACUUUUGUUUUGGGGUUAUACCUCUCCUCCCUUGCCUUUUUCGCCAUAAACAUUUGGAUUCUGGGGAUUAUUAUCUCAGAUAUAAGCAAUCUUCCGCGGACAGGAAAUCCUGAUAAGGGCAAAGCCAACAAGCCGAGCCCUGCAGCAGUGAAGAAAGAUAUAUAG